CAAUCUGGUCUGCAUCCUGUUCCUAUUUCUACAAAAACAAAGCCUGCUGCAACCGCCACGGUACCCCCCAUCCCGCCGACGAAAAGGCCACUCCUUUGAUCCACUGGACAGGCCUUUGGCGGCAAAAGCGACCUCAGUUCACAAAAUGUCGAGCGAAGCCGUCCAGUCGUGGGCUCGCCAGGUCCAGAAUCUGGCGCAAGAAAAGCUGCCCUUCGACAUCAGCGAUGUGCCCCAGUAUGUCUGGGCUGUCGUUGCCGCCGUCCUUGGAGGCCUCGUCUUCCUGAAGGCUUUCAGCGGCGAGAACGACAGGCCAGUGCCGUACACGGUGCCCUCGCCCAAAACGCCUGAGAUGGUCGAGAUACUGCAAAAGCCUAGCAUCAAAGUCUCUGGCUCGACCGCCAUCCAAUGCUACAACCCAGCAACAGGCCAGUUCCUGGGCUUCGUGAACCCUGCCACCCCCGCUGCCAUCGAUAGGGCCAUCGAACAGGCCGCGACAGCGCAGAAGAAGUGGGCACUCACCAGCUUCCGGGAGCGCCGCAAGGUCCUACGCAGUAUGCUCCAGUACAUCCUCGACAACCAGGAGGAGAUCUGUCGGGUGGCGGGCAUGGAUUCUGGCAAGACCAUGGUAGAUGCCCAGCUGGGCGAGAUCCUGGUGACUGUUGAGAAGUUGCAAUGGACCAUCGCCCACGGCGAGAAGGCACUGCGGCCUGAGCGCCGGCCGACGAACCUGCUCAUGAUGUACAAGCGUAACAGUGUCCACUACGAGCCGCUAGGAGUCAUUGCGGCUCUGGUGUCCUGGAACUACCCUUUUCACAACCUGCUGGGGCCGAUCAUCUCGGCCAUCUUUGCCGGCAACGGCAUCCUCGUCAAGGUCUCGGAAAACACUGCCUGGAGCUCAUCCUACUUUGCCAGCAUCGCCCGAGGCGCACUUUUUGCCCACGGCUACGACCCUUCCCUGAUCCAGACGGUCGCAUGCUGGCCACAGGUCGCAGGACACAUCACGAGCCACAAGGGAAUCUCGCACAUCACCUUCAUCGGCUCCCAGGCCGUCGCGCACAAGGUCGCCGAGUCGGCUGCCAAGGUCCUUACUCCAGUCUGCGCUGAGCUUGGUGGCAAGGAUGCCUUCAUCGUCCUGGACUCGGCUGCCAAGGACUUGAACCGAAUCGUCGAAAUGAUGCUCCGCGGCACGUUUCAGUCAGCCGGCCAGAACUGCAUCGGUAUCGAGCGCAUCAUCGCCACCCCGGCAGUCUACGACAGGAUCGUGCUUGCACUGGCGGAGCGUGUGCGUGGCCUGCGUGUUGGCCCGGGGCCCCUGGAUGCUGAUGUCGGUGCCAUGGUUUCGGACGCAUCUUUCGACCGGCUGGAGCACCUUGUUGCGGAUGCGGUUCGCUGCGGCGCGAGGCUACUUGCUGGUGGAAAGCGCCUGAUCCACCCGCAGCACCCCAGUGGCCACUAUUUCACCCCGACCCUGGUCGUCGAUGUGACGCCCGACAUGGCGCUCGCCAGGGAGGAGUGCUUCGGCCCGAUCAUGACCCUGAUGCGUGCUCCGGCCAAUACCGCCAAGGCUGUUCUCGACGUCGCCAACGCACCCGACUUUGGUCUCGGCGGCUCCGUCUUCGGUCGCGAUUCUGACCCUGUACUCAAGGAGGUUGUACGCGGACUCCGCACGGGUAUGGUGGCGGUCAACGACUUUGCUACCUACUACGCUGUCCAGCUGCCUUUCGGCGGUGUUGGCGGCUCGGGCUACGGCCGCUUCGCCGGCGAGGAGGGCCUCCGGGGCAUCUCCAACGCCAAGAGUAUCUGCGAGGACAGGGCUGGAUGGUUGGGUGUCCGGACGGCCAUUCCACCGCCGAUGCGUUACCCCGUUCGCGACCAGGAUCGGAGCUGGAGGUUCGCCAAGGGGGUGGUAGAGCUUGGGUAUGGGCUUACUUUGGGCGCGAAGGUGCGCGGUUUGGUCGGCCUGGCAAAGAACAGCUAAAAAGUUUAGUUGUUUCAAGUGGGUUGGUUGGAUUUCGGUGGAAAGAGAGACUACAAGUUACUACUGGCACCCCUGAAGUGUAGUUGCAGCUUAUUUGAGAUGGAUGAUAUCCAUGAUAUAGAAUUUCAGCAGCUCGUCUGACUGUAGUACACGAGAAUAAUGUAAUAAAGGCAUAGGAUGACAGCUUGAGGCUAACCAACCGGUAUGCGUGCCCUGGUUAACACAUCCAUUGGGAAC